AUCUGUUGCCAGUUUCAGUCCAUAUUCAACGUGAAACACAAUUCUACUCUUUACUAAGAUUGGUGAUGUCGAGCUAGAAUGACUUUGCGCGUGCGCGGAGAUUAGAGAGGGUGCGAAACAGCGUGGUCAACUUUCACAGCCAGUCAGAAAAUUUGACAGACUUGUUGCUUUAAAAAUUUAAUAAAUCAAUUUUAGUUCAAAAAAUAACUUUUAGGUAACGGCAAUGGAUCCAAACCUUAUCGGAAACAAAAUAUUAGAGGUGUUCCAAAUAUUUUUGGAUCCAGAUUUUAAUGUGUCUGGGAAAUGUGAUACUCUAGAGAAAUUUUUCGCUCUCUUAACUAAUCGUGAGUACGAAAUUGAACACAACUUUAGCUUCUACGCAGAAUGGUUAAGUGAAAUGGUUGAUAUAUGGAAAAUUGAAUACAAAAUUCUUAAAACAGAGCUGGUGGUGUUUGUAACGAAACUGGCUGCCUUUGUAGCAAGGAAUCACAAGUCGUUUUUACGAAAAAGAAGGGUAUUAAUUCGUAUUCUAGAAACAGCGAGGUCGGCAUCUAACGAGUUAUCGGUAAAACAUGCCUAUCUGGAUCUAAUUGGAGCUAUAUCUGAAGAUGCUGUCGUAUUGAAAUGGUCGGUGACUCAGUCCUAUUGGGUGCACGUUUUAGAUAUGGUAGACGAGAAAAAUGAGAAUUUUAAUGACAAACUUUGCCAAACUGUUACAAGCUUGUUGGAAACAGCAGCUAAAUUUGACGACAAGAUCUGCAAAAAAAAUUUAAAAGCUAUUUUGGAUUCAGUUUUUGAUGUCAACGACAUCACUUCUAUGGAAAAACAUGACAAGUAUUUAUCGAAUAUCAACUUCGUUGUCGCAAUCACAGAGAGGUUGUUUGAAAACUUCAUUGAAGACGUGCUUGGGAUUUUCUUAGAUCUUCAAGUAAUAGCAGCCUGUGAAAAUAUUUUGAAGCUAAAGGAACCACCAUUUUUUCUUCAGCUAAAUCGCAUGAUUGUUAUGCUCUGCCUAUUUAAAAUGACAAAGGCGUUCGAAGGAAUCAAAGCAAUUUCAGAAGAUCCGUUAAGUCUAAGCGGCAUUUUUAAAAUUGUGGAACGAUAUAUGUGGUCGGAAAAUAUCCCGGAACUUCUAGAGUUCGCGUACUACGCAACACUGUACUGGAAAAAAAUUUCGGAAAAAUUGCCAACACACUUCAUGAAGGGCCAACCGUUCAUGCCAGAUCGGGAGUUGGUUCGAUUGCAACUAAUGCCGAUAGCAACUACAGCGAUUAAAUUUAUGAAUCAACAAGAACUUAAUCACAUGACAGAGACCGAUAUCGUGAGAAUGAGUUAUUAUCUAAAGAUCUAUGGGCCUUCUAGCGUCAAAUUCUCGCUACUAGGUCCUCCAUUAAGAAAACUGUACAAGAAAAUGCCCGUGUUUGCUACGUAUGAAGCUCUUGCUAUCGAAAUCGUUAUUAAAUCAAUAGCUAUGUAUACCCAAGAAGAUGCCAUUCAAGUGCUGCACGUAUUAAUUUAUGCUUUGGACGAUUAUGUCAAUUACUUUAAGCAAAAAGAAAUAAAUCUACAUCAUACCAGUGUCGCCGAGCGAUAUUUCUUGUCGACACUCUUUCAAGGGAUUUUUGAAAUGCUGAGAAGUUUCGAACUGUCUUGGAAAGAGUGCUUACCUAUCAUUAACAUUGUUGCGUUGACAUUGCGUAUUCUUACAAAUGAUAAUUGGAUAUCUCCAAAGAUAACCAAAUGGGGUCUGAAUGUACUUGCAAUGGCGAUUUCUAAAAAAAUGGAGCCCAACAUGAUCCUUUUGAGGGAUACAGCUACGGAUCUGUAUAAUGUUGAUAUUCAAUCUUUCUUGCAAUUUAAAUGUCUCGAUAACGACCUUGAAAUCAGGCGGGCGGUAUUAGCGGUCCUCAAUGCCAUAUCUCGGAAAGCUAUCGCAGACUUUCCUGCUUUAGAAGAGAUUUUGAGACACAAGCCUUUGGUUGAUUUGAUAGUCAAAAUUGCGUCGGAGGAUCCAGUACUCACCGUGAGAGAGGAAGCGACAAGAUGUAUUCAGAAUCUGCUCCAGGUGCCGAAUGCUGCAGAAUACUUUAGGAUUACAGAUCUUAUUGAUACGAUGUUGCCGAUAAUUAUGGUAGAAGAAAGUAAUCCUGAAAUUCGAAUAGAAGCUCUCCAACUUAUUACGAUAAUAUACGGGGGAUGCGAGAACCCGGAUCCGGAUAUCUGGAAGAUAUAUGAAAAUAUGGUUUGUGCUGGAUUCCGUGAUACAGACUCUGAAACCAAAAUUCACAUGGUCAACUUUUGGGGAAAAGUACUCGAUAAACAGCUCACAAAUCAAGGUUUGGAGCAUGGAGAAUUUCCAUCGGCCAUUUUUUCGAAAGAGAAAAGAAAAAUAAUAACCAUCGACCAAGCCGAGGUGAGCAGAAGACUUUUAACGGCAUUAGACGAGGCAAACUGUACGGGUUGCUUUGCAGUUCUAUUCAACAUACUCAACAGCAAAUGCUGUUCGGAAGCUGUAGUCAACAAAGUGUUAACACUAUUGAAUGAUCUCCGUCAGCUUUUGAACAAAUACAAGAUUUCGCCAGAUGCAGUAGAUGGUUAUCAGUACCUCGACUCGCCAAUUUUGUUUUCAUCCCAACAUCAUCCAGGGACUCCUACAUGGUGUCUUUCAACGUUCGAAGACGGAAUAGAACUGGACAGUAUAUUGGACGACGUCGAGCUGAAAUCGUUGCACAGUCCAGCCCGUUCACAACUUUCAUGCCACGAAAGCAGGUCAAUCAGCGAGACAAAAUUUCCUACAAGCGCAGAAGUUUUAAAAUUUGUUUUUGAAGAACUACCAAAUAGAACUUACAAAAGUUACCUGACGAAUGAAUUCGAAGAGCUUUUGGAUGCUAUUUUAACUGCUGUCUGUGAUAAAUAGAAACUAUGU